AUGAAUUAUAACCACCACUAAAUCGUGGAUAGAUGGUUGAGGCGAUUCCGUGGAUGUUUGAAUUUCUGUUAUGGAAGCGAUUCAUAGAUGAUAACGAUGGAAUUGCAUAAGGGAGGUGUGCAACUACUGAGUGUACCUUAAAACAAAAACAUAUUUAACACAAGAAAAUAUAGAGUAAAGUUCAUGAUAAUGUUAGUUAUAUAACUUUUUACCUAAAACAUUAUACAGUUCAUUGGAAAGAUUCGGAAACAUCUAUCUUUUAGGGAUUUCCUUAAUAAUGUUGAUUGAUCCAACAUUGUCUCCGUUUUAUAGAUGGAUCACUAUCUUCCCUGUUGGAUUGAGUGUGAUAUUUUAUGUUUUGAUGGAAUUCAUACUAGACAUAAGGAGAUAGAGUCAUGAUCAUAAAAUAAAUAUGUAAACAACAUCUAGAGGAGCCAAAGAUGGUUCAUUGGAAACCAUAAAAUGGAGUGAUAUUCAAAUUGGAGAUGUUCUCUAUCUGAUAAAAGGAGACAUUGUUCCUGCUGAUAUAAUAUUAUUAGAUACAGGAUAAGUAAGAGAUAGAGAGGCAAUAUGUAUGGUAGACACUCAAUACUAUGAUGGUAAAUCUACUCUAACAAAGAAGAAGUCAUCAUAUUUAACACAAUUAAUAGUCUUAAGAACAAGAUUAAAGAAUCAAUUUCCAGAAUAUAGAAAGAUGUUAACUGGAAAAUUGGAAUAUGAAGCACCUAAUGGAAACACUGAAAAAUUUCAUGGAAGAUUGAAAUUAAAGAAGGAUCCAAAAAAUGAAGAAUUAACUAUUGACAAUUUCAUCCCUAAAGGAACAAAGAUUAAAUAGACUUCUUGGUUAUUUGGAUUAGUUGUUUAUGUUGGUGAAAAUACUAAAACUAUGUAAAGUAGUCAUUACAAUGCAUAGAAACAUAGUUUUGAAGAGAAACAAUGUAAUAUCUAUUCAUUUCUCAUGGCAUGUUUAUCACUCUUUUUUACUUUGAUUUCAAUCAUAGUACUCUUGGCAAGAUCAGAUGAAGGUAAUUUUGCAUUAUUGAUUGAUGAGAAUACUACAAAUGGAAUGAAGGUUUUCUAAUUGGCAAUUCUAUAUGCAUAAUUAAUUCCAUCUACUCUUUAUUUACUAUUAGAUUUUGUUAAUUUCAUUUCUUUAUUUAAAUAUGAAAUCAAUUAAAUAGAAGAUAAUAUUAUAAAGUAUGUUAAAAUAAAUACAUCUAAUAAUUUAAGUGAUUUAGGACAUGUUGAUUAUAUGUUAAUAGACAAAACAGGUACUUUGACUACAUCUUAUUAUAAAUUGGAUAAUCUUUUAUUUGGUUCUUUGUCAUUUACUUUAAAUUAUGAUCAAUUAUAAACAACUUUAAAUUUAAAAUCUGCUAAACCUGAAGAUAAUGAGGAUCCAAUUAAAUUUGCUAGUAUAAAUGAUAAUAAUGAAUAUUUAAUACCAUUUGAAUAUGAAAAAAAGAGUAGUCCUACAGAUGUCUAACCAAGUGGUAAAUUAUUGUUGAAAAGUGUAAAAACUUCCAAUAAUAAUCCAGUGUUUAGUUAGAUUACUGCCAUCCCAUAGAAUAAAAGAAUGACUAUGUUAAAUAUGUUAGAGAAUUCAGUCUAAUAACCCUUACCUGAUUAUUUGUAAACACGAAUAUUUUUGCCUUAACCAAAAACUAGAAAUAGUCCUGGAAAUAAUAAUGAUGAAUUCAUUCAAUUAGUGAAUUAAUUAAGAAGUAGUUCUCCAUAAAAAGAAUAUUUAUAAACUGAAGAUAUAAAUACAUUGUAUUAUGAUGCAUUUCUAAAAUGUUUGAUGUUGUGUCAUGAGGCUAGACCAGUAUUUGGGGCUGAUUCUAUUACUUAUGAAUCCUUUUCAAAAAAUGAAGAGAUAUCAUUGACAUUUGCUCGUUCUUGUGGUUACUCACUUGAAAAUUUCAAUAAAUUUGAUAGUCCUGAUAUGUAUUUAUGUAAGGUGAGAGGAAAUCCAAUUUGGUAUCAGGUUUUAGGAUUGAAUUUAUUUACAUAUACUAGAAAUCUGAAUUCAGUUGUGAUAUAGGCACCUAUGACUAUGGAUUUAGAGUUAAAAUAGAAGUACGAAGCAAUCAAUUAAUUAUGUGGAGAAGGAUCAAAAAAUAAUUCAUUAUUAAUUUGUAAAGGAGAUUAUGAGGCAAUAAAAACAAAAUUAUAACUUAAUCAUAAAGAAAGAGAAGAAUUAGAUUCUUAUAUAUAACAUUAUAAAUAAAGAGGAAUAAGAAUGAUUAUUUAUGCAACUAGAGUAUUAAGUGAGAAAGAGACUGAGAGUUAUAAAUAAUAAUUUAAUCUAUUACAUAGUUCUUUGACAAAUCAAGACAUUUUACUAGAAAAAUUAGCAUUAGAAUAUGAAAAAGAAUUGAAUAUUUUGGGAAUGAUUGGAUUUAAAGAAGAAUUAAAAAAUGAUGCAUUAGAUUUUAUUAAAACAGCAAAAGAUUGUAAUAUCAAUAUAUGGUUAUUGAGUGGAGAUUAAGAAGUGUAAACAAUAAGUUGUGCAUAAUCUCUGGAAAUGACAGAGACAUCAAAAUAUCUUAGGAUUGUUGCUACAGAUAAAGAAUAAAUAUGGUUAUAGAUUAAUACAGCUAUAGGACAGAUAUAAAGUGAAUUAUAGAAAAUUCAAGAGAAAUAAUAAGAUAAACAUUUGAGUGAGAAUGCGAUGAGUAGAAGUAUGAUUAAAUCAAGUGUUACUCUUUUUGAAGGAGCUUCAUAUUAAUAAGUAUUAUAAUUUGUUAUGGUUGUUAAUGGUCAUUCUUUAUCAUUGAUAAGUGAAUCACCAGAUUUAAUGAGUCAUUUCAGAUUCUUAUCAUGUGUAUGUAAGAAUGUAAUAGGAUUCAAUAUGAAUCCAUAAUAAAAGGAAUUAGCAUGUAUGAUUAUUCGUAAUUACUUUCCUAAUAAUCCUACUGUUCUGGGAGUGGGAGAUGGUUACAAUGAUGCAUUAAUGAUGUAAGCUGCAAAUGUUAGUAUUGAAAUUAUUAACAGUAAAAGAAACCAUAUUUAUCCUUAAGUAAAUGCAGGAGACAUUAGUGUUAAUACACUAUCUGAAAUAAAAGUGCUUCUAUUAUAGAAAUGCAAAUUACAUAGUGAAAGAGUUUCAUCUAUGAUUAUCUAUUUAUUUUAUUGUGCAGGAUUCUUAGGAAUGACAUUAUUCUUUUUUAAUUGGUUUUGUCAAUUCACUGCAACAUCAUUACAUGAUUCAAUGACAGUAUUUUUAUAUAUCUUUUUGUAUACUACCCCUAAUGCUUUAGUCAUAGGUUUAGCUGAUAAGUAAAGUCAACCUUUUGUGAAUGAUAAAUUUCCUGCCUUUUAUAUUGAUGGAUAAAUCAGAACUCGUAGAUUUUGGUUUUAUUAUUUAAUUGAAGGAUUUUUAGAGUCAUUCAUUUGUGCUGCCUUUACAUUUUAUACAUGUACAUACAUGGUUAAUUAUGCAUGGACUAAUGAUGCUUAUUAAUCAGAUAUGUAAAUGGUAGCAACAUCAAUCAUUUAUUUACUUAUCACUGUAUCUAGUUUUAAAGUAUUGUUUAGACUCAUAUAAAAUAAUGUAAAUAUAGUAGUGAUAGCUUUUCUAUUAACUUUUGGUUUAUUGGUAGGAUUUGUUUUUGUUAAUUAUAGGGGAGAUUUUAGUAAUUUUGAUUAUUAGGAAUUGACUUAUCAGUUAUUUACAAGAUUCAAUAGUAUUGUUGCUAUUGUAUUUAGUCUUAUAGGUUGUUAUUUUAUCAAUUACUUUUUACAUGAUUUUAUUAAAUUGAUAUACUUUCCAAAUGCAUAUUAAUAGUUUGCAUUUUAAAAUAAAAGUGGUGUAGAAUAGGAAGUGAUGACAAAUAAAGAGAUUUUACAUUAAUGUCUAGAUUAACAUGUGUAAUUAUUUAUUAUUAUUAAAUAAUAGUAAUGUUUCAUCCAUCAUAUAAAAGGUAUUCAUUGAUUGUUCAGCAACUUCACCUUAUAUAUAAGAGAUGUUAAAUCCAGGUGAUACAAAAGUAACUGAAAUGAAAUUGAAACCUUUAACACUUGAGAUGAAAGAAUUAGUAUUGGAAUAAAAGUUUUUAGCUCAUAAAUUAAUUUAAUCUUUAAAGCAUUUAAGAUUAUUUUUAUGUAUUCUAUUAUUAUACUAUAUUGCAUAUUGUUUGACAGACUUCUUUUUGACAGAUAAAAGAGUAUUUACAGGAGCAUACUAUUUAGUUGUAUUUGGAAUAAUCUCUAUUAUAAUACUCUUUUCUUGUACUCAUACAAUGGAACAAUAAUAUUACACAUACUCACAUAUAAUAGUGUUUAUUAUAUUUGCAAUAAAAGUGGCAAUAGAUUGGUUAUCAGAUGAUUUGACUAUAACAUUAUCUGCUACUAUAGUGAUUUUAUUUAGUACAUUUAAUUCAAUGAAUAUGAGUGUGAUUCCAAUAAUAUUGUACAAUAUCUGUUAUUUGAUUUAACUCAUUGUAAGAAUAUUGAUAGUUGUAACUUCAACAGAUUUAAGUACUUCUCAUGGAAUAUAUUCUCAAAGUAGAGUGUCUGUAUAUGCAGCCAGUACUUAGAUACUAUUAGUUGUGAGUAUAACAAUAAGAUUUUUAUUCAGUUAUUACAAAUCUAUUAAACAUAGAAGAAAUGAUUAUUUAGCAAAAUAUUCAAUUGAAUAAGAUAAUGUAGCUGCCUAAGACAUAUUGAGUAUAUUAGUUCCUAGAUUUGUGAGAUAACAGAUAUCUACAGGGAUAUAUUCAAUGUAAUAAGCUUAAGAUGAUGUUUCAAUAUUAUUUGCUUACAUUUGUGAUUUUGAUACUAUAAUGAAAGAGGAAGGUAAAAAUGUAGUUUUGAUGUUGGAUUCAUUGUUUAGAUUAUAUGAUAAUUUAUGUAUACAACAUGGAGUACAAAAAAUUGAAACUGUUGGAUAUACAUAUAUGGCUGCAACAGGUAUCAAAGCAUGUGAAUAAAAUAUGACUGCUCAUGUAACAAGAAUAGAAAAAACUAUGAGAUUAGUUAAUAUGGCUUUUGAUAUGAUGUAAUAAGUAUAAGGUAGAAAAUAUGGAAAAGGUAAUCAAAUUGAAAUGAAGAUUGGUAUACAUGUUGGACGUGUAAUUGCAGGAGUUAUUGGUCAUCAUAAACCAUAAUUUUCAUUGAUAGGAGAUCCUGUAAAUUAAACCAGUAGAGUGGGUUCAACAGGAGAUACAGGAGCAAUUACACUCAGUGAAUAGGCAUUUAAAUAGGCAAAACAUGGAAUUAAAUACUAUUAGAAGAAAUAGAAGGAGGCAAAAGGUUUAGGAAUUAUUGAUACUUAUUAAGUAUUUAAGACAAAACCAAUAGGUUAUUAAAUACCAAGAGCAUUUUAAUUAUGGUAGAAUUGUGCAAAGGUUGUAGUGAAAGAAUUAAGAUAGCAUAGAAGUUCACGUUAAAUUCAAACUAAAAAGUAAGGAUAAUUCUUAACCUAAUUACAUAAUUCAAUAUACCAAGACAAUUUGAAAUAAUCAAAUAGACUUGAUGUUUCUCCUAAAGGACCAUAAACAGUUUAAUUUUUAAUACCUUAAGGAUCUGCUCAAGAAGAAAAUAGAUCUAGAUUAACAAUUCCAGCACAACCACCUGAGCAAAUAUUAACUGAAGAUUCUAUAUUGAUUACAAAUGAAUAGGAAGAGAGAGAAUUAGAAUUGAUUAAACCAAAUAUUAUAUUGGAUAUACCAGAGAAUGAAAUAAAAUCCAAUUUUUAUUAAAUUCUUAAAGAAUAAAAUGUUGAUGAAUCUAGAGUAGGUAUGAUCUUUUUAUGGGUCACUUAUUUUGUAAUUACUUUGUUAUCAAUAAUAGUUCGUAAAUUGUUUAAUCAUGAUUUGUUGAUCUUUGUAUUGAGAGUAAUAGAUUUAUAAAUAUUAAUAGGCUAUUUUCCUGAUUUUAGCAUUUGUUCUAUUCCCAAUUUUGUCAAAAGCAUAUAGAAAUAGAGCAGUUAAUACUAUGUAUUACAUUGUACUUAUAUAUGCUAUAUUCACUGUACUUUUCUAGGCAUAUUUAACUGAUAAUAGAGAAGUUGCAAUAAUUUGUUUAUUAGAAAUACUUUAUAUAAUGAUUGUAACUUGUUAGAUGAAAAUGUUCUCUUUUUUGUAAGUGAUACUAUAUAUGAUAAUCAUGUUUGCAUUAUUCUUAGGAUUUUACAUUUCAACUGAUUUAAUUACUCAUUAUGCAAUAUUUUAUAUUUGUUGUUGCAUGCUUAUUCUAUUACUAGGAUAUUAUCUUGCAAUGAGUGAACAAAUAUAAAUGUUUAACAAUUUAUAAAUAAAUGAAGAAAAGAAAGUCAAAUAAAUAAAUCUAGUAAGUUAAUUAUUACCUAUGCAUUCCUAUCUUAAAAUGAAAAACAGUUCCAUCUAUGAUAAAAGUGACUUUAUAGAUGAGUUUGAUGAUGUUACUCUUCUCUUUGCUGAUAUCAAAGGUUUCACUGAAUAUUCUCAUACUCAGACUCCUGAAGGUGUAGUAACCAUGUUGAGAAAUCUCUUUACUGAAUUCGAUAAACUUUGUUAAAGAUAUAAUGUCUACAAAAUGUAUACUAUAGGAGAUUGUUAUGUUGUUAUGGGAUUCACUAAUAGUGCAAAACGAAAUGUAUUUACUCUUUUUAUAUUUUUUUAGCCUAUUCAAGAAGCCAUUAAUACAGUUAAAAUGGGAUUCCAAAUGGUAGACAUUAUAAUGUCUGUUAGAUAGAAAAUUAAAUUUGAUAAAUUGAAUAUGAGAAUUGGUAUACAUACUGGAUAGGUAACAGGAGGUAUUAUAGGUACUGAUAUUGUUCGAUAUGAUAUCUAUGGAAAAGAUGUUUCAAUUGCUAAUAAAAUGGAGAGUAGUGGAGUAGAAGGAAGAGUCUAAAUUUCUGAAACCACUAAAUUAAUGAUAGAAAGAGCUGGAAAACAUGCAUUCAAUUUUAAAUUCCAUCAUGUAAUAUAUUCAUUUUCUAUUUUAGGAUGUUGAAUUGAAUAAAUUCAAUAUGAAUAUUAAAGGAUUUCUAGUUGAUUGGGAUAAAAGAAGAGAAGAAGCUAGUCUAGAUCAAUACAAAUCACCAAGUCGCCAUUAAUGA